AGAAAUAAUCCUGCCCUUCAAACAGGGCGUUCAUUCCGCUGCAUCUCCAUGAAAUAGACGUGCAGAUCUCAUCUCUUUUCACCAGAGCAGGAACCCUCUCUUUCCAUAGAUGAUUUCAAUAUACUUUCAGGUGUUAUAGCAACUUUUUUUUUCUUCCGUGACGCAAAGCAGCAAAUGAACCUGAGGAACAUGGUGAAGCAACCCAUGGAGCACAUCAAGAGACCAAUGAACGCGUUCAUGGUCUGGUCGCGAGGUCAGAGAAGGCAGAUGUCACUGGAGAACCCAAAGAUGCACAACUCUGAGAUCAGCAAGAGACUCGGUGCCGAGUGGAAGUUGCUCUCCGAGUCUGAAAAACGACCUUACAUCGACGAGGCCAAAAGACUUCGCGCCCAACACAUGAGAGAGCAUCCAGAUUACAAAUACCGACCGAGACGCAAACCCAGAGGACUUUUGAGGAAGGACACUCUGUUGUCUUUAGCGCUUCACAGUGAGCGAGACUUUCAAAGCGUCUCAGCUUUGACCAAACCACGACCUCUCCAUUCAGCUGCGUCCAUGCAACAUCCUUUCAUUGAGCAGAGCCGAUCCAAUACCACUGCUUUCCAACAUGAAAAACCUGCUUUAACCCCUGGCUCGUUGGUUUUUUCUCCAGCUUUAGGCUAUCAGAGUGGACACAGGUCCAUCGGGGGUCUGGGAUGCCCCGGUCAGUACGCGCACACUCACCUGUCACCUGCAAACCCCGGAUACCUGCUGCCCUGUAACUGUUCGCCCUGGUCUUCUUCCAGUCUCACACCUCCACUUGCCUACAUAGUGUUUCCAGGUAUGAGCAAGACUGCAAUUAACUCUUCAGCGCUGUGAUUAAUAUCGCGGAAAGUUUUUAAGAGAGAAGACGACUGGUCUUUUUCCGUUUCUUACUUUAGGUUUAAGUGCAGCUUUAAUGCGUUGAUUAAAAGUGGACAACACUUUGAUUAGUAGAUUAGUAUAAUUUCAUUAAUAAUACCCACCUACUUACUAUAGACCAUUUUCACAGACUGUGAUGACGCGUUUUAACAGUCAUCAAUAUCGUAAAUCCUGCAAAGUUUUUUAUAUUUUCAUUUUAAAAAUGCUAGUUUACAAAAAUAGUUAACGCUGCUGUGAGGGUGUUUUUACAGCAGCUAUGGAAGUGACGGUAAAAAUUACACCUUUCUCCUAAUCGCUCUCUAUUUUUUCCUCUUUUUGAAAUUUAUGAAAACAUUGUUGUGAAGUUUUUCUUUUGCUAUUUGUGCAAAUGGAAACACAAAAAAUAUAUUUAAUGAAGUCUCUCAUUCCGCUUCUGAGAAACCCGGAAAUGGGAAAAGGGUCUAUUUAGUUAGUUAGUUAUGCUAGUUGGUUUUGGAAUUUCACAUUUGUUUUCGCAUUGAUUUAUGAAGCAGAUUUGGGAUUAUUGUAAUAAUUAUAAAUGAUAGAAUUACUUAAUGCUCAGAGCCAAAGAUGAAUUUUAACACAAUCAAAUACCAGACAACACAUUAUGAUUUGAAGUGCGUCAUUUGUGUAUUGAAAUUUUGCUUCACCCGAACUUUUUAUAUAAUGAAAAUGCAGUGAAAGACUCUUUCAAAGACAUUUUCUACAGUCUAAAAUGCCAAAAACAACAACAAAAUAUAUACAGUGGGCACUGUAUAUAUUUUUAAAAAAUCAAGUGUUACUUCCAUUUGGCCUGCUGAUUUGUAAAAGUGUUCAGUAUCUGUAAGCUAUUUUUAGUAGCAAAUAUGUCUACAGCAUAGACAGAUAAAACUUGUUUUAAAAGCUGCUCUGCUGAUGUAAGAUGUAUGUUUGCAGAGUUCACUGUGCUCUCAGGAAGAGGCUGAGACAGAAAAACACUUCCUGCCACAUUGACUAUCAAAACAUUAGAACUGUCCAUUUCACAAAAUUUCAACAACUAUCACCAAAUUUUAUGGCGUUACCAAAUUCAGAAAAAUUAAGUCAUUUUGGGAGAAAACUCUGGCUUGAUCACAACAGCAGCAGCUUGCCACAAACUAAGAGAGUCACCCAGCGGACAAAACUAAAGUCAGAAAUAUUCUUAUCUUGUCUGAAUGUAGUUACAAAUGUACAAAGUAUUUUAUUAUUAUUUUUAUUUAUUUAUUUAUUUAUUUUUACAUUGUCUUAAUUAUUUUCUUGUCAUUUCUUGUUUAUAAAAAAUGUAGUCAUGUAGUCUAUUUAUUUACUUAUUGAUUUAUUGAAUUUAUUAUUUAUUUGUUCAUUGUUUAUGUAAUGCUUCAGCAAUACUGAACAAGUCAUGCCAAUAAAGCUCAUUUGAAUUGAACUGAAUUGAGUAAUUUACAACAACUUUGAACGUGGCUCAACCAAUCAUAAUCAAGGACCGGAACUAUCCAUUUUAUAAACUCAAUUAUACAGCCAAGCCAACAUUGGACUAACUCAUUAGAAUUUUCUUGUUAAUGUUUAUUUAUUUCAUUUUAAAAUGUCUUAAUUUCAGUGCUGUCUUUAUUUGAUUAUUGCUGGUUAUUGAUAUGGUCUUGUAUGAUUCAUGAAUUAUAUUCAGGCAACAGUCCUUUAUAGUCAAAAGCUGUGAUUGAAAUCUUAAAAGAAAAAGACAUUGUAUCAAUAAAAAAACAAAUUGUCUUGUAAAUGUUUGUUUGUUCUGUUUUUUGCCUUCCCUGUUUUCAACAAGUGCAGAUUUGCAUUUGCCAUUGUU